AAGACAGCUAAGGAAGGCAGCUUAGUUUGUAUCGAAACCUAUUAAGCAUCUAACCAUAUAUAUACAUCUUCAUAGGCAGACGAAGGUGGGAGUAGGAGCUACAGAGAUUGUUCAACGUCUGGCCGAUCGGAUAGUUUCGCGAUAAACCUCUAGUGAAAUGGCAACUGCUACUUCAAACAUGCAUGUUGCUAUAGCAAAACCCUUCACUUUUCCUUCCUGUGAAGUUUCAAAGUCGAGUGUUGCAGUUUUCAGCGGUGGAAUUAGAGAGGCAUCAUGGACGAAGCUUAAGAGCUCUUGCCAUAUCUCUUCAACACAUGUAAUUUCUCAAAACAUUGCAUCCAGUCCUGUGAAAUUUAAUAGGCUGGUCACAAAAGCAAUAUCUGAGUCCAAUGACACAAAGCCCCUCCCAGGAUUGCCCAUUGAUCUCAGAGGCAAGAGGGCAUUCAUUGCUGGCAUAGCCGACGAUAAUGGAUAUGGAUGGGCAAUAGCAAAAUCUCUAGCUGCUGCUGGGGCUGAAAUUCUUGUUGGCACAUGGGUUCCGGCACUCAACAUAUUCGAGACCAGUCUUCGGAGGGGGAAGUUUGAUGAAUCACGUGUGCUGCCAGAUGGGUCUUUGAUGGAAAUCACUAAAGUGUAUCCCUUGGAUGCCGUUUAUGACACUCCUGAAGAUGUUCCUGAAGAUGUACAAUCAAAUAAACGUUAUGCAGGAUCCUCAAAGUGGACUGUUAAGGAAGUUGCUGAAUCUGUGAAAGAGGACUUUGGUAGCAUUGACAUUCUUGUGCAUUCACUAGCCAAUGGACCUGAGGUUAGCAAACCUCUCUUGGAAACAUCAAGGUAUGGGUAUCUUGCGGCCAUCUCUGCAUCCAGCUACUCUUAUGUAUCUUUGCUAAAGCAUUUUGUCCCAAUAAUGAACCCGGGUGGUGCUUCAAUUUCUCUGACCUACAUUGCGGCUGAAAGGAUCAUACCAGGAUAUGGUGGAGGUAUGAGUUCAGCCAAGGCUGCUCUGGAGAGCGACACAAAGGUAUUGGCUUUUGAAGCUGGAAGAAAACAUAGAAUCAGAGUGAACACCAUAUCUGCAGGACCAUUGGGGAGCCGUGCUGCUAAAGCCAUUGGUUUCAUUGAUAUGAUGAUUGAUUAUUCAUCAGAGAAUGCACCCUUGCAGAAAGAACUAUCUGCAGAGGAGGUGGGAAAUGCUGCUGCUUUUCUGGCAUCGCCUUUGGCUUCAGCCAUCACGGGAACAGUCUUGUAUGUAGACAAUGGUCUGAAUGCAAUGGGAGUUGGAGUCGACAGCCCGGUCUUUAAGGAUCUAAACAUCCCAAGAGACAACCAAAGAUAAGGAAGGAAGGAAGGUAUGAACAAAAAUUUGAAGGUUUUCCUUUUAAAUUGAAGUGAAAGUAUGUAAUGGGUUUUUCGGAAUAGGCUAGUUUGGCUUCCCAUUCUGAGAUAUUGGUGUUCGAACUUAUUAGACUCUAGACAUAGUAGUAAUAACACUACACUUGUUGAGCAGAUUAUGCAGUUGAUGUUUGUUGCGAACAUGGAUGGGGUUGAGUGUUUUUGGAU